AUGUAUGGGCUCGGUGCGGGAGCCACAGCAGAUCUCGGCACUCUCGAGCUGGCUACUAGGUCUGUUGCUCAGUAUGCAAAGACUGGUGCUAUCAUCGUAGAGAAGAGUACUGUUCCCUGCGGUACUGCACGCAUGAUUUCAGAUAUUCUGCAACAAAUGCGACCGGAGACAUCUUUCGAGGUGCUUUCGAAUCCAGAGUUCCUUGCUGAGGGUACCGCCGUCGAGAACCUCAUGUAUCCUGACAGGAUUCUCAUCGGCAGCGCCGAGACCGCAGCGGGUCUGCAAGCAGCUACCGCUCUUAAGAACGUGUAUGGUGCUUGGGUUUCACCUGCUCGUAUCUUGACCGUCAACACCUUUAGUAGCGAGUUGACCAAGCUGAUUGCCAACGCCAUGCUAGCGCAGCGUAUCAGCAGCAUCAAUGCCGUCAGCGCACUCUGUGAAGAGCUGGGCGCUGAUGUCCAGGAGGUCAGCCGUGCUCUAGGUGCCGACUCCCGCCUAGGCCCCAAGUUCUUGAACACGAGUGUCGGGUUCGGCGGCUCCUGCUUUGAAAAGGAUAUUUUGAACCUGGUCUGGCUUGCCAAGUCUCUCUAUCUUUACGAAGUCAGCGACUAUUGGAUGGGUAUCCUUAAGAUCAAUCAGUAUCAGCGAGAGCGGUUUGCGCAAGCCGUGAUGCGCAAGUUGAACAACACUCUGUACAGGAAAAAGGUUGCAAUCUUUGGCUUUGCGUUCAAGGAUGGCACAAACGACACGAGGAACAGCAUCGCAGUUCACAUCAUCGCUGACAUGGCUGCUGAGCUUCCUCAAGAGAUUGCAGUCUACGACCCAGGUUGUGCUGUCGAGGAGAUCGAGGAAGAGGUUCGCCGUGUCAUUAACGCCAAAGACAAGUCACAUAUGAGCAGAGUUAAGGUCUACUCUAAUUGGAAGGAUACCGUCGACGGCGCUUCUGCUGUGUGCAUCCUCACGCCGUGGGACCAGUUCCGCGGCCUGCACGCCAGCUCUUCCAAAGUCAAGCCCUUCACUAGGGACAAUCUGCACACGGCUCUCACAGGCUCCAUCGGCGAGGGCGCUCUGAGCGAGAUGGACAUCAUCACCCUCGAGAAGAUCAAGGCGAGUCUCGAUGAGGUCACCUCUGAGGACCCGCUUGAGAGAAUGGUCCCAUCGCCUGCCUGCAGCAAAGGCUGUAGAGAGUGCACCGUCAGUGUUACAGAGCAGAGUUCUGACGAUAUUGUCGAUUGGAACGUCGUCUCUCAGAUGAUGAAACAGCCCAGCUGGGUGUUUGAUGGACGCAACAUUAUAGAUGCAGCGCACCUGCGAGAAAUGGGUUUCAAUGUUCACAGUAUCGGCAAGGGUUUAACAAAUAAUUAG